UACGGGCAAAGAUAAUCCGCAUACUCUCAAUUCAAGUUGAUCCGACACAAUCGGACAUCCUGCCUGUAAGCGCAGUCAACCCAGAUCGACCAUUCCCUGCAAAGUCUAAUUAUGUAGCUUCGGUGAACGUACAGAUAAUGCGUAAAUCCGGACGCCUUGGCAUGCGCCAUACGUCCGUCUGUGCAUUACUGUGAUCCCGAUAAGCUUCUCGGAGUUGUCCCUGCAACACACCAUGUCCGUUCUGACUCGUUUGUGCCAUCUACAGAUUUGCACGGCUCCGGAGAGCUUUUGAUCACCGUCUACACGCGUUCGAUACAUGUCUCAACCGACCUGCUCCUCUUCUUUUUAAAACUAGGCUCGUUCGCUUUCCUCGGGGUGUUUCUGGAUAUCGCUUUAGUUUGCAAACGGGAUUGCCUGCACGUUAAAGGAUUCGCUCUUAAACAAUGGAGAAACAGACAGCAACUGAAAUGCGGGAAUAAACGGGUGGCGUUCGGAGAGGAAUACACAAUUUAACGAGAGAUCUGGGAUAAUUGUCUGAUCCAGAAGCGCGUGUGGCCGUUUUCAGCUCAACUUGGUGGAAACUACACAAGGAUGGUGUGUUAGGACUCAGAUUUCAGCGCAGGUCGGUGUGCCAAAGAAUGCACAUCGCUCCGUUUCUCUUUUCUUUACGUGACACAAGAAAAGAAGAUGUAUUGAAACCGCAAAGGCUUUAAAGCGCCUCUGUUUAGAAUUAAGUGAAAUCAAGGCGACUGGAUACGUCUCCAAUGUUUAAGGUGAACGAGUGACCCAAUGAGGUGGAAUACUACUUUACCGGAGUGCUGGAAGAGAAGUCACCUUGCCCCAGUUCUCCGAGAGCACAGGGAGAGAGACAGACAUCUCUGAUUGUUUGUUGCCAGUAGGGAGACGGGAAGGUGCAAGCCUGCCGUGUGGAAGCAUUUGAAAUCAAGGCUGUGAGAAGGAACCAUAUGGCACAAAACACAAUAUAGGUCCCUGCUUGUGAUUUACCAUGGCCAAAGUGCUCUGCAGCCUUCUUCUCCUGGGAAGUGCAGUGAUGAUGACCACCGCCUGCCCUAAAUAUUGUGUUUGUCAGAACCUAUCAGAGUCUUUGGGCACACUGUGCCCAUCUAAAGGUCUGCUGUUUGUGCCCCCUGACAUUGACAGAAGAACUGUGGAGUUACGCCUGGGAGGAAACUACAUUAUCAAAAUUACCCAGCAGGACUUCACCAACAUGACGGGCCUUGUGGACCUCACACUGUCAAGAAACACCAUCAGCUUCAUCCAGCCCUUCUCCUUUGUGGAUCUUGAAACCCUGCGUUCGCUGCACCUGGACAGUAACCGGUUAACAGAGCUUGGACCAGAUGUCCUGCGAGGCUUAGUGAACUUACAACACCUCAUCCUAAACAAUAACCAACUGACUCGUAUCUCCAAAGAAGCUUUCGAUGAUCUGCUCCUCACCUUGGAGGACCUAGACCUCUCCUACAACAACCUGCGAGGCAUACCCUGGGAGGCCGUUCGCAAAAUGCUUAACCUACACCAGCUAAGUCUGGACCACAACCUCAUCAACCAUAUAGCUGAAGGCACUUUCACUGAUCUUGAAAAGCUGGCGAGGCUGGACCUUACGUCAAACCGUCUCCAGAAGCUUCCGCCAGAUCCCAUUUUUGCUCGGUCACAGAGCAGCAGCAUUCUUAGUACACCGUUUGCCCCGGUCUUGUCUCUAAGCUUUGGUGGAAAUCCUCUUCACUGUAACUGUGAGAUUCUUUGGUUGCGCCGUUUAGAACGGGAAGACGAUAUGGAAACAUGCGCCUCCCCUCCUAGUCUGAAAGGUCGCUACUUCUGGUAUGUGCGGGAGGAGGAGUUUGUUUGUGAACCACCGUUAAUUACCCAACAUACCCAUAAGCUUUUGGUCCUGGAGGGACAGACGGCCAGUUUACGCUGCAAGGCGGUGGGUGACCCAAUGCCUCUCAUACACUGGGUUGCUCCGGAUGAUCGACUAAUUAGUAACUCAUCCAGGGCUACAGUGUAUGAAAAUGGCACUUUAGACAUUAUGGUCACCACCUCUAAGGAUUAUGGGACCUUCACAUGCAUUGCUGCAAAUGCAGCAGGAGAAUCAACAGCCUCAAUUGAGCUCUCCAUAAUCCAACUUCCCCACCUAAGUAAUGGUACUAACCGUACAUCUCAGCCAAAGUCCAGGCUAUCUGACAUCACCAGCUCCACUAAAACCAGUAAAGGGGAGACCAAAGUCCAACCAGAACAGGUAGUUUCAGUGUCAGAGGUCACCGCAGUAUCUGCUCUCAUCAAGUGGACAGUAAGCAAAGUGGCACCCAAAGUCAAAAUGUACCAGCUCCAAUACAACUGUUCAGAGGAUGAUGUCCUGAUUUAUAGGAUGAUUCCAGCGAUCAGCAAAUCCUUCUUAGUCAACAACCUGAUGCCAGGGAUGCAGUAUGACCUAUGCGUGUUGGCCAUCUGGGAAGACACCGCCACCACACUCACUGCAACGAACAUAGUGGGUUGUGUACAGUUCGAGACACGUGACGAGUACCCCCGCUGCCAAUCGCUGCACAGUCAGUUUUUAGGAGGAACUAUGAUCUUGGUGAUCGGUGGAGUGAUCGUAGCCACUUUGUUGGUCUUUAUCGUCAUCCUUAUGGUACGCUAUAAAGUUAACAGUGGCUUGCAGGUUGCAAAGUUGGUGACGGUGAGUAAUACCUACUCCCAGACCAAUGGGAGACCACAGGCUACACAGCGUUUAAACAACGGUGCUCCUACACCGCAGACUCCAAAGACUGUAGUGGUGAUGCGAGACGAAGUGGUGGAGUUUAAGUGUGGCUCCUUGCAGAGCAGCAUCUCUUCCUCAUCAUCCUCCUCAGCUGACUCCCUUGGAAGUGAGAAAGUUGAGGCUUACAACCGACAUGUGGAUUCUAAUACCUUGCCCAAUAGGUGGAAGCAGUCAUCAACUAAGGCACGACCAAACCUGGAUAACCUGCUUGGGGCAUUUGCUUCUCUGGACCUGAGGGUUCCCGCAAGAGAUCCGGGAGGACCGUCUUCUUCGGGGACCAUGGCGAUGGGCAUGAGACCGCCCACUGACAAGGAGCCUCUACUUGGCCGGGGAGAUUCCAAGCUUGGGAAGCUUGUAAUUCUGCCAUCGGAAAACAAGCCCAAGCGCAGCCACUCGUUUGACAUGGGUGAUUUUGGUGCUUCGCAGUGCCUUAGUUACCCACGGCGCAUCAGUAACAUUUGGACUAAGAGGAGUCUCUCGGUCAACGGCAUGCUCCUUCAGUGCGACGAGAGUGAGGGGGAAGGGGAUAAGGCAACGUUUGAUAGCUCUGAGUGGGUCAUGGAGAGUACAGUCUGACAGGGAUAUCGGAUUAGCUCUGCCAAAAAAGAACACCAACAACAAAAACAAAAAAACUCAUUCUCCAAACUGGUGAAAAGGAUAUAAACUUGCUGCAUCAUAUGACGUCAAGAAGGACUAAAAUGGCUGUAAUGAAAAGACACCUCAGCUGUGGCCAUGACUGUGUAAUGCAUGAUUUUCCAUGUCAAUAUUGUCCUUCUGUUCAUUUGAUCACAAAGAAGUUCAAAGGUUUGUGUCCAAGCUAGGCAAGCAGCCGAGGCCAGGGCUGGUCCUGUUUAUUGAGAGCUGGAUGAAGGAUAUCUCCAGUUGCCUUCAAACAUUAAAGCAGAUAUGAAUAAAUACCCAAGAACAAGGGAUAUGGGGGUAUCUCAGAAAAGCAGGGGGAAUAAAAGAGAAUUUAUCCGACUGUGCAUUGCAGUUUGCCAAGAGGAUUUUCUUCAGCUAAGUGGAUGUGCAUCACAAUGGACCAAAUGUUCCCAUGAGACAGGACUACAUAAUUUAGCAGGUGAAAUGAAAAAAAAAGAAAUGCAAAUGUAAUGAAUUUUUGUAGGUUCUUUUUCUUUUGUUGUCAUUUUUACUUUUUUAAGUUUAUUCUGGUGUUGACCCUCCUCCCUCAUUUUUCCUGAACAGCUGAAGAAUACAGUACAGUCUGUCACAUUUUACACCGAGGAGAAAUACAAAUUUAAAAUUCAGGAAGAGUUCUUUGUUAUAAUUAAACCUGCAAACUUAAUCUGCUAAUUGUCUGCGAUGUUUCUUGACAUUAUGUGCCUCUUUUUCAGUUUAUCAGUGCAUCUGUCAUAUUUGUUGUUAGUUUCAGAGUUUGAAGGCUAACUGCCAUCUCAUCAGAUCGCUGCAAAUUUCCCUUUGUAGCCUACUGAUACAACACAGUAGUCAAUCUGUCUGAGGUACAUAUUAUUUAUGCAAACAAAUAUUUACUACAUAUUACACACCCAACCAGGAAGAGGCUUGAAAUCCCUCUGAUCUACCCUCACAAAAAAAUAAAUAAAAAUAGGAUACACCAACAUGGUAUGGAUAUGGUACCACUGUAACAAAGUACCAUGCUAUGUGACUAUGUGAAUAACUGAUUAGAUUACAUUUUGCAAGCAUAUUCCAAGGGUAUGAUUAUGCCUUUGGAGCAUAGUUUCAAAAUAAUAUUUGAUUACAGUUUUAUGAUUUUUAAUUAUGGUAAUUGCCCCCUCAAUGGUCAUUUUCUAACACUGUACCUAUCAGUCUAUUCCCUCUGUAUGAUUAGUUAGUGUUGGUCAUAUAGAUUUGUACUUUACACAACAGGCCCCUCAAGACUUAAGCCUGAAAUGUAGGUCAGAGUGUUACGGUAGACCGUAUGUCGUGAAAGACAUUUAGGUCAGGAUCUGGAUCACAGUUUUGUGUAGAAACCUUUAUUAGUGCCAAAUGGUUGUGGCAAGCUUGAUUUCACACAGAGGUGAAUCAUGAACUGGGGAAAAACUGAGCUCCUCUAUCAUCAUUGUGCCCUUGAGCGAUGGCACUUAACCUCAGGUUGCUCCAAGGGGACUCUCUUGCUAUUAGUGCAGUGCAAGUUGAUUCGGAUGAAAAGUGUUGGUUAUGUGAUUAUUAAAUGACAAAAGAAAAUGUUAAAGUCCUGGAUAAAUCAUGUACAGUCAUUAUCUCCGAUUUUACCAUUUCAAAAUGUGGUGAUACUUCCUAUGAACACAUCUAUAGUGCAUUUUUUUGUAAAUUUUAGUGGAAUUUAGUCAUAAACAUAAUUGCAGGUGUAAGGCUUUAUAACAAAAUAGUGUUACUGUUUUGAGCAGGGGGCUCCAGAGGCAGGUGGGCAAGAGGCUGGGUAAAGAUGCAGCAUUCAGUCAGAAUUGAAUUUUGUAAGGUCAGGUUUCUAUGACCUUUCCUUUAUUUUGUUCCUAAAUAUGACACAUUAUUUUGUUUUACUGAUUAUCUAGACUUAUUAUGUGUAUGAAUCUCCAGCCAAUUCUGUGUUAAAUUGCAUUUCAGACAUCAAAAUGGCUAUUACAUUUUUAUUACAUUUUAUAGUACACUGUAGUGUGUACUAUAGAUCUGGUGUUCCUAGGAAGUUUUACCCAAAGGAUCAUAACAUACAAUGUCUAUUUUUCUUAUUUUGAAAAAAUCUUUAUUUUUCUAUUUUCUGAAAAGCUAACAGUUGCAUUGCCUUUUUGUUUGUCUGAUACUAUGUCACUGUAUAUGGUUUUAAAUAUGUUUUACUGUUACAGUUAUAUACAGAAAGACAUGGAUAAACACAAAUACAGUUUAUUUUUCUUUAUUUCUUUUUUUUUUCUAUUAUUAUUAGUAUUAGUAGUAUUAUUUUUUUUUAACUAAUCAUUUAAGCCACAUUUUAGAUUUGCAACAUCCAUUGUUCAUAAUUUGUUACGGCUCUUGGUAUAUGAUUCUUUCUAUGACUUUUUUGUAUAAAAAUUAUAUAAGAAUGUAUGAUGGUAUUCUGUACAGUGAUCCUCUUAUUUUCCUGGUCAGAAAAAAAGAGAAGGUGCUUUAACGUAUUGUUCUGACAUACGCGUAAAUGUGAAGCAGCAUAGUCGCGUUUUUCACUUGGAGUUGUAGAAAAGAAAAGAGACUAAAUCAUUCAAAAUCAUUUCUGUGUUCAAAAGUUUUUGCUACAACAAGAUAAACACACAGAAUUCAUAAUAUUUAAAA